UGGCGAAACCGAUGGGCACGGCUGUGUGUGACAGUGCCAUUUUAUGCCAGCCUCAAGUUUACACAAUUACAGUUUGAUGCCAGGGCAGUUUGCGGCUUGCUCAGCACUUUGGACCAGAUGCCAGAGCUGGGUGCAGGUGAGCGGCACCUGGAGCCGGAGAGACACAGCGGCCAGGAGCAGCACAGCUGGAAAGAGCUCCCACGUAGGCUGACAGAAAUGGCCCUUGCUCUGUGGAAGAACUUUCUUCAGAUUACAAUGAAAAGGAUACUGCAACAAAGGAGGUUGUCACUGUAUAAUGGUGCUCAUGGCUAUGAGGAAGAAGUCAUAAAGAAGAAACUUCAGCAGUUUUCUGGUGGAUCCAUCAACCUUUCCAAAGAAGACAAUGGCAUUGCAAUACUUACUUUGAAUAACCCAAAGCUAAUGAAUGCCUUUUCAGGUACUAUGAUGGUAGAACUCCAAGAGAAGGUAACUGAACUGGAAAACUGGAAGGAUGGCAAAGGUCUUAUCAUCCAUGGUGCUGGAAACACUUUUUGCUCAGGAUCUGAUUUGAAUGUUGUCAAAGAAAUAUCAAAUUCCCAGGAUGGGAUGAAUAUGUGUAUGUUUAUGCAAAACACCUUAACCAGACUUAUGAGGUUGCCUUUGAUCAGUGUUGCACUAGUUCAAGGAAAAGCUUUUGGAGGAGGAGCAGAACUUACCACAGCAUGUGAUUUCAGGUUGAUGACGCCUGGCAGUGAAAUUCGGUUUGUCCACAAGCACAUGGGCCUGGCGCCAGGCUGGGGAGGAGGUGCGCGGCUGGUGCGGAUCGUGGGCAGCGGGGCCGCCCUGCAGCUGCUGGGCGGGGCUGCCCGGGUGGAGCCCGAGAGGGCGCGGAGCCUGGGGCUCUCCGAGGCGACGCUGGGGGCCGCCGAGGAAAGCGGAGCGCUGGCAGAGGCCCGCGCCUGGCUCGGGCAGUACACGGAGGGUCCGGCCGCUGUCAUCCGGGCUGUGAAAAAGGUGGUGGCGGCAGGAAGAGAGCUCCCGCUGGAAGUUGCCCUAAGGACAGAAAAGGACAUUUUUGGAACUGUAUGGGGUGGGCCUGCCAAUUUGCAGGCAUUGGUUAGAAGACCAAAACAUAAAUGAUGGUUUAUGCAUAAGAAAUGGGCUUGACCUUUUUGCAAACAAAGCUUUCAGUAAAGCAGCCGUUAAGCUGAAUCAUUUAAGGUCUUGUCCGUUUAAAAUGGCAUUAACAUUCCUGCCAUUUAGGUCAGGCACGCAUGUUUGGUGUGCAACUACAGAGAAAUCCCGGGCAGAUUCUCUACUGUCCUAAUCACCCACUGAAUCGAGAUUAGUGAAAUUACUAUGUGAAGGUAAAUACUAUGCUGAAAAUAGAACUAUAAUUCAUUUGGAAUGAGGCUGAAGAUUA